AUGUCGUCUUCAGACGAUCUCCAAACCAUCCCUGCACGCCAUGGUACAGCUACGUUCGUGCCUAAGGGUAGUACGAUCAAGAUUGUGAAUACUUCUGGCACCCAAGUGAUAGACACCUGGGCUUUUGCACUGCCAACUCCGCCCAAAAGNAACGGACCACAGGAGACUGGGCCGCAAAACGACAAGGACAAGAGCUAUCAAGAGCAGGAUGAGAAGGAGAAGCUAAAGGUCGCUGAGGAAGAAGAAAAGAAACAGCGAGAAGAAGAAAAGAAGCAGCAAGAAGAAGAAAACAACAAGAGAAAAAAGGAGCAAGAAGAAAAAGACAAGGCUAGCAAGAAGAACAACAACAACAGGAAGUCGCGAGGAAGUUUGGACCUGCCUUCGCAAGAAGAAGCCGAGGCUGCUACUUCUCAACAACAGCAAUUGGCUGAUGCAGAGAACAAGCAACAGUCUACCCCGACCAAGAGCAGUUGGUCCUCGUACCUUCCUUCGUUGCGCGGAAGAAAGCAGGUUACCGAUGGAAAUGCCAAAGAUGAUGGCAAGACUUCUGAGAAGAAGGAUGAGGACGCCUCAACCGAACAGACAGACAAGAAGCAAGACAAGGAGAACUCGAGAAGAUGGGCUAGCUAUUUGCUCAAUGGCCAAGGCGUCACCAGUUAUCUGCCCAAGGGAGCCAUCUCUGCUUUCGCCUCUCAGCAUGCACGCGAUCCCUCAAAGUCAUAUGCCGAGCAACUCGCCGACUUUUCUCGAACGCCUGUAGGCGCUGCAUCUCUAUCAGGUCAUGCUUGGAACGCCAUGCACGGCGAGAACGCUCAGAUGGAGUACCUCAGCAUGCCGCACACCCGCGCAUCCACCCUUCACAUGGUGCCGCGCGUCGAUGAUGUUCUCGUCUCCAACUUGAGAGAGCCCAUGUUGACUCUCAUUGAAGACACUAGCUCUGGCGUUCACGACACCUUGAUUCCUGCUUGCGAUCCUCAACGCUACAAGGCUUUGCAAAUCGAAGAUUGGGAAAAGCAUGGAUCGUGUGCCGAGAACCUGGUUCUUGCACUCAAAGAACUCAAUGAACGAGCUGGUCUCAAGGGACCCAAGGGUGUUGGUGCAUCAGUCACUGUCAACUCGGUCCCAGCACCACUUAACCUCUUCAUGAACAUUCCAUGGAAAGGCGACAAGGGUGAUCUCUCAUUCGAACCUCCAACUUGCAAGGAGGGCGACUACGUGCGCUUCAAGGCCGAGAGAGAUCUUGUGGUCGUCAUGUCUGCAUGCCCCAACGAUGUACAACAGAUCAACAAGGGCCAAUCCAAGGACGGGCACUUCUUGAUCGAGCACGCCGAUGAUUCGGAAGACGAAGAAGCUCCUGCAGAGGCGAAGAAGGCCGAAACCAAGACUGAGAAGAAGAAGCCACGCAAGUUGGGCAAGAAGGACGAAGCCAAGCCCGAGGAGAAGACAAAGAGUGAGAAGCCAGAGGAACCAAAGAAGGCAGAGAAAGCACCUCUUCCUGCUACUCCCACAGUUGAAAAGUCAGAAGCUGCUUCUUCGCCUGCGCCCAAGUCCAAGGGCAAACCAAAGGACGACAAGCCUGAAGAGCAAAAGAAGGCUGAGAAGGUACCUCUACCCGAAACACCUGCAACUGAGAAAUCAGAAGCUGCCUCGUUCCCUGCACCACCAAAGCAACUCAAGGGCAAGCCCAAGAAGCUGGCUGACGAGGCGCAGAAAAAGGCAGAGAACACACCACUUCCCGAGACACCUGCGACCGAGAAGUCGGAAUCUGCUGCCACCCCUGCUCCCGCAUCUUCUUCUGGCCAGGCUGCACCCAAACCCAAGGGAAAGCCCAAGAAGCUGGUCGACUCUGCGACUGGCGAGAAGAAGAAACCUCGCAAGCUAGAGUCGAGAGCAAAGGGUACUGCUACACCUAAGUCCGGUAAUGCCGAAGGUGAAGUGGUCACAGGGCAUGAACUUGUGGGAUAUGGUGAAAGAGAUAUGAUUGAGACGAAGCCUGGCGCAGAUAAAGAGGAUGAAGAGAAUGAUGAUGAACUGAAAGGAAAAGAAAGAGAGUCUAUUGGCACUUCUGCUAGUUUCGGACCAGUCGAAAACGCAGUUGCCGACGAUUCGACAUCUCGUGCAGACAGGAUUGAGGAACGCGUCAGGAACACAGGACUCAGGACGGUGCGGUCGGUAGUAAAUGGUGGACUGGCAUUGUUUGCGCUUGGAGCGCUGUCGCCUGUUGGUUUGCUUUUGAGACAUUUGGAUGAUAUGAAGACGGAAGAAGGUCAAGAUGGAGGCGGGACAAGGAGUAGUGAUGGUGAAGGGAAAGAGAGACCAGAGGAUGGUAAUGAUCUGUAA